CCUCGCCGAGUGUUUGGACAAGUUUGCUUUGGGUAUCAGAAUGGAGGCGGAAGAGAGCCGAACGUAGACGGACGGACCCGCAGACACUCGUGCAUCUCUAAGCCUGCCAAUGCGGUCAACGCUUCGCUUUUGUUUGUCAUAAAAGCGCGCUAUCUCAUGUGAAUGGCUCUUUUUACCCCUUGGAACUGAUCUCAACUGGUGUCCAUUGCUGAAACGAGUUACAAAAUGAAUAACUUAUCCUUUGACGACCCGUCAUUGGAUAACUUGGAUCCAAGCAUCUCGCUCAGUGACCCGAACGACAUCGACACGGCGCUGCUGAGCGACAUUGAUGACAUGCUGCAGUUUAUUAACCAGGAUAUGGAGUUCACCGGGCUAUUUGACCAUCCCCAGUUCAGUGUAACUCUUCCUCCUCCUCAAGACCUCCCAGGCCUACCGUAUACCACCCCAGCCCCUCCUCCCUCCUCCUCCUCUUCUUCAACAUCAUCAUCCUCAUCUUCCUCCUCAACCUCAACUCCUCGUGGCCCUGGGAGUACCCCCCAUCUGGAUGCCCUAUUGGGCCCACCAACCACCCCCAGGUCCUCCACUCCCACCAAAGUGUACCAGCCCCCUGCCACCUUCCAGCAGCCAACCCCACCUCAGGCCACAGCACAGCGGCCGCAGCCUCCACCACCCAAGGCAGUCAUGGAGCCCAGGCAGCCCAAACUGCAGCAGAGCCCAGCCGGUGUCCGCCCAGUGAGUCAGGCGACCCAGCCCCACCCUCCUGCGGGGAUGGUCCCAGGGUUCAGCAGUGCUCCACAGGCCCUGUUCAGCUCACCUGCAGGCCCUCAGUCACAGCAGCCUGUCCAGCCUCAGGCCCAGGUCAACUACCCAAGUCAGAACGUGUACACAGCUGUCAGUCAAGGAGGCCCUGCCCAGUCCUCUCCCAGUUUGCCUGCCUCCCCACAGGACAUCCAGCCAGUGACUAUUCAGGCACAAGUCCAGAGCCUGACCGCUCAGCCUCUCCUGGCCACACCUUCAAGCCCAUCCACUCAGGCAAUUUCGCCGCAUGUUCAGCAAGUUCCAGUGCUGCUGCAGCCUCAGUUCAUUAAAGCAGAUUCCCUCCUGCUCACGGCCCUGAAGCCCGAGGCUGGAAGCAUGGUUACCACAGUUGCGUCAUCCACCACUCCUGUCCAGAGUGCCUCCAUACAGGCCUUGAUGAGUGGUGGAACCAUCCUGACCACGGUGCCCGUUGUAGUGGAUGCCGAGAAGUUGCCCAUCAAUCGCAUUGCCAUUGGAGGCAAGAUCCCAGGGCCGCCACACAAGGGCGAGAAGCGGACAGCCCACAACGCCAUCGAGAAGCGCUACCGCUCUUCUAUCAAUGAUAAGAUCAUUGAGCUCAAGGACCUGGUGGCUGGGACAGAGGCGAAGCUCAACAAGUCUGCUGUGCUGAGGAAAGCCAUCGACUAUAUCCGCUUCCUGCAGCAGUCCAACCAGAAGCUGAAGCAGGAGAACAUGGCUCUGAAGAUGGCUUCCCAGAAGAACAAGUCUCUGAAGGACCUGGUGGCCAUGGAGGUGGAUAGCUCAGCCUGCAGCGUGAAGACUGAACUGCCCACACCUCCCCCCUCAGAUGUAGGCUCACCCCUGGACAACAGCCCCUUCUCCCAUUGUACCAGUGACUCGGAGUCAGACAGCCCCAUGGGGGAUGACAGCAAGCCAUCUAUGAAACAGGAGAAAUCCUCCCCAGGCAUCGGGGGCAUGUUGGACCGCUCUCGCAUGGCCCUGUGUGUUUUCACCUUCCUUUUCCUUUCCUUCAAUCCGUUGGCCUCUCUGUUUUGUGGGGGCACUGGCAGCACUCCAGACAUGGGUGUCGUUGAGCCUUUAAAGCCAGGCCGCAACAUGCUAGGUGUACAGGCUGGAGCGCAGCCAACCGGCUGGCUUAGCUGGAUGGUUCCGAGUCUUUUUGUAUGGUUCCUGAACAUCCUGCUUGUGGCAUUAGUCCUCAUCCGCUUGCUGGUAUAUGGGGAACCAGUGACCAGGCCCCACUCAGGCUCCUCAGUCCUGUUCUGGAGGCAUCGCAAGCAGGCUGACCUUGAUCUGGCCAGGGGAGACUUUGCCCAAGCCUCUCAGAACCUGUGGACCUGUUUGAAGGCCCUAAGUCGCCCGCUGCCCACCUCCCAGCUGGACUUAACAUGUGCAGUCCUCUGGGCAGCAUUACGCCUCUGCCUGCAGCGUCUCUGGGUGGGCCGCUGGCUGGCGGCUAGGGCUGGGGGUCUCCGCACAGAUCACCCACUGCAGGAGGAUGCCCGCAAGAGUAGCCGUGAUGGUGCCCUUGUUUACCACCGUCUGCACCAGCUGCACAUGACUGGCAAGCUGGGCGGUAGCCACCUGUCAGCCAUUCACAUGGCACUAAGUGCCGUGAACCUUGCAGAGUGUGCAGGUGACUGCCUACCCGUGGCCAUGCUGGCUGAGAUCUACGUGUCCGCUGCCCUCAGGGUGAAAGCCAGUCUCCCACGAGCUCUGCACUUCACCUCUCGUUUGUUCCUGAGCAGCGCACGGCAGGCCUGCCUGUCUCCCAGUGGUAGCAUUCCAGCCUCAAUGCAGUGGCUCUGCCAUCCACUGGGGCACCGCUUCUUCGUAGAUGGGGACUGGGCUGUCCGCAGCACCCCGAAGGAGAGUAUCUACAGCCAGGUCGGGAACACAGUGGACCCCCUGGCCCAGGUGACGCAGGCAUUCCGGGAGCACUUGCUGGAAAAAGCCUUGUACUGUGUGGCGCAGCCGCAGGGCGAUGGGAUACCGGGUGAGGGGGAGUACUCAGAUGCCCUGGAGUACCUCCAGCUCCUUGCCAGCUCCUCGGAUGCGGCAGGGGCCACAACGCAGUCCUUUGCUGUCGGAUCCAAUAUGGCCAUCAUCACAGGCUGCGACCUUCAUUCCAAAUGGUGGUCCCAUGUGGUGGUAGUUAUGAUCAACUGGCUGCAAGGAGAUGACACCGCUGCUGAGAGACUCUACCCCACAGUAGAGCAGCUACCCAAGAGCCUGCAGGCUGCAGAGAGCCCUCUGCCGCGUGCUGCUCUGAGCGUGUUCCGGGGAGUCCGCACCCUGCUAGCCAAGCCAGAGAACUGGCAGCUAAGCCUAAGCCACAUCGAGAAGGCAAGCAUCCUGCUAAGAGACAGCCUGCACCUGGGGCCACCGUCCCACUGCAGUAGCAUCGACAAGGUGCUGCAGCUGCUGCUGUGCGACCUGCUCCUGGUAACCCGCACCAAUGUGUGGCGUCAGCAGCAGAGCACGCCAACUGGGGGUCCACCACAGGGGGCCCAGCAGGCCUCACCGUCUGAGCUGCAAGGGUUCCAACAGGACCUGAGCUCCCUCAGGAAGCUGGCACAGAGCUUCCGGCCAGCCAUGCGCAGGCUUUUUCUGCACGAAGCGACAGCACGCCUCAUGGCGGGAGCCAGCCCCACACGUACACACCAGCUACUGGACCGCAGCUUGAGACGUCGUGCCACCCCUGGCAGCAAGACUGCAGAGGAGUGUGAGACACGACCAGGGCAGCGGGAGCAGGCAGAGGCUGUAAUGCUUGCGUGCCGCUACCUGCCCCCAUCCUUCCUGUCAGCGCCAGGCCAGCGGGUGGGCAUGCUAGCAGACGCUGCCCGCACUCUUGAGAAGCUGGGGGACAAGCGCACUCUCCAAGACUGUCAGCAGAUGAUCAUCAAGCUGGGCAGCGGAACGACAGUCACCUCCACCUAGUAAACCCCUCAUAUACACAUGCACACGUGCGCACGCGCGCACACACACACACAUUUGCCUACCUGUGCUGAAAGAGUGCCAGGUUACACAGCCACCUAGCCCUGUCCCUGAGCUGUCAACACAAGACUCAAAUGUGAACCAACUGCAGCAAACUGGUCAAUUGUCCUCUGGUCUCCUGUUGGCCUGAAACCUUCUGAUCCCAGCUGCCAUGUUUUCCAUGAGUCUGCAGCCCCUGACCGUUGUCUUCCAGGGUUCUCAGACUGCUCUUUCUUCAUCCAGAUUUUAUUUGAAAACUUAAAGGUAUCAUCACUGUAAAAAUAGAGAUCAUCUGAUUUUGCUAAUAAAUAUCUUCAGGUGCUGGGAUGGUGCCUUGGUCAGCAAUCUGUUCACAGCUGAUGAAGGUGAAGGUGAUGCUAUUUUUUCAUCCAAACAAUGAGUCAGUUUGAGUGCUGAAACCAGUGAAACCUUGCAGAUCUUGCAACCCUCCUCAUCCUCUGACUUCAGUCCAGUCCAAAGGUACAUGGUGACUGCGACAGUGCCUGUUCUUAUUGAGAUGCUGUGUUUGUUUUCAAAGACGGCUUUGUGUUUAGCUUUUAUUGUGGUUCCUGGCCGGUUCAGCCUGUAAGCUAUGGAACAGUGAUCUAAUGAACCACGUCCUCCUGCUUCUAAAAGAUCCCUUGUCCGAAAUCUGAAGGGAUGUGGUCUUUCAGUGUCGGACUGCAAGGUCUGUUUGCGUCAUCCUGUGUUAACUGAGUUGGACAGCCAGUUCCUCCUGCAGAUCAGCUUAUGAUUCUGGUGUGCUCUGAGGGCUUGCAGAGCAGCAGGUUGGGCGCUAUGCCACAUUGAAGGAGACCUCCUCAACUCAGAGAAUACAAGUAGGGUGCAGAACAUAGUACAGACCUGUGGAAACACAGCACUUCACUCAUUUCAUAUCAUGUCUGCAUGUAACUGUAGAGAUAAACAGUUAAGGUUCACAUGUAUCAUUGUAUUUAUGCCAGUUUUGGUGCAGAAGAAAUCAGAACGUAAAUGAUUUUUCUGCAGGUCUUCAUCUAGAAUGGACACCUAUUUAGCUACCAGCUGAGAUGGAUGAAUAAAUAACCAUGGGAAUUAUGUAAAAACAAUUUACAUCAGAACAAUCGUUUCAUACGCAAUCAGUCCUCAGCCAUCUUGCUACAGCUUGACAACAUACCAAACCAUUUGUUAUACUUACUGUUGUAUUUUUUUUAAAUAAAAUGGAUGUUUUCUGUUGUAUUUUCACAUUUUGCUUAUACUAUAAUCAUCUCUCAAUAAUACAUUUGUUCAUAGACAUCUCUCAGCCUGAUUCUUGAGACCUAACUAGUAAAAGACAUCUCAGAUGCGGUGACAUGAUAUUAAUAACUGCAGAUUUAAUCUCCACAAAGAACUUCAUCGUAAGACCUUGGUGUAUGUUGUCAGUUCAUCAAUGGACGUUAGUUCCACGUUAUGUGACAUUUGUAAGAGAAUGUGCUCAACUUUUAGUGCUGUCUGGACAACACAGAACAUCGGAGCUGCUGCAGUUAGUUUCUUGUAUUAAUGUAUGAAAAUCAGAAAAAAUGAGACCAUACUGCAGAUUCCUUUAAAAUAUCAUCCAACAAGGAAGGCCCUGUUUCUGUUUAAUUUUUUUUUUUGAUAGUUGAUGUACAGUAAUGAGACCUUGACUGGUCAGGAGUUGUGAAGGGGUGUGGGCACAGGAGCAUGAUGGGAUGUCUCGAGGUGCAGAGUAACUUCAGUUUCCCCUCUGCUUGAGUUUACUUGCUAUUGUUAACGCUGUGAUUAUUUAUUCUAUUUAUAUUCCUGUGGCUUUGGUUAAUUUACUCUUCAUCACAUAUACACUGCAGUAAC